AUGGAGGCGGCAGAAUAUUCAUCAAUUUGGGGUUCUCUCGAUGCAAUAUGUGGGGAAUCGGAGAUGAUUGCGCAUUUGCAGUCAGUGCUCUGGUGCAGCAGUGAUUCUGAUGCAAACUUUUGUGCUACUGAAAAUGAUAGCACAAAAGCUUCUUUUGAUCUCCGAGUGGAUGACCUCGGUUCAGCAAAUGAGAGGAACGCUGGUAUCAAGAGAAAGAUGCAAGUGGAUGAACAGAGCGACCAUCACAAUGAAGUCCCUGUGGCUCUCUCGGCUCCAAUGAAGAGUGGUAGAAAGUCAAGAGCUGCAAUGGACUCACAAAGCAACUAUGCAAAGAGGAGAAGGCAUAAGAUCAACGAGAGACUGAGAGUACUGCAACACCUGAUUCCUAACGGCACAAAGGUUGACAUAAGCACAAUGUUGGAGGAAGCUGUCCAGUAUGUCAAGUUUGUGCAUCUGCAGAUCAAGCUCUUGAGCUCCGACGAAAUGUGGAUGUACGCUCCGCUCGCCUACGACAGCGUCAACGUCAGGCUCACUCAUUUGGAUUCUCUGGCGCAGGAAUGA